AUGUUUUUGAAGGAUUCUGGUGCAGACAAAACUCUCCGAUCUUAUUUAAAAAUAAAUAAUGAAAAUGAUCUGAUUUCCGAAGAUGAACAAGAAAAUAUUUUUCCGGACAAUAAUGAUUCGGGAAUUACUUACGUAGUUACGAUGCCCAAUGACUCUACACAGAUAUGGGACACUGCUGAUACGUUGGAAUUGAAAAAAAAUGCAGAUGAACAAGUAGAAAUAUUAGAUGAAGAUGUAAAAAUAGACUUAUACAAUGAGAAUGAAAAUAAUGGAGACAAAAAUAAGAUAAGUAAUGUACAGAAACAAAAAAAAUAUAUUGAUAUUUUUUGUCAGUUAUGUUCUAAAAAAUUUAAUUCGGUUAAAGAUCUAAAAGAUCAUGUAGACGAUCACUGUUUAUUAAGUGAGACCCAUGAAAAACCUCAAAAUAAAAUUAAAGAAGAAAUUUUUUUAAAAACUAAAGUUAAAGAAGAAAAACCAAAUUCAGAUGAAUUUUAUGAAAAAUCUGAGCCAGAUAAUUCACAAUUAUUAUUCGACGCUUUGAAAACAAAGUCUGAGCUUGUUUCUCAAGAAAUUGUUAAAUUAAAUUCUAAAUCUGAAGAUAUAAAAACGGAAAGAUCUGAAGCUACUGAAUCUAAGAAGAAAAGAAGGAAAAAAACAAACGAGCCAAAAAAAACACGAAACUGUCAGUUCCCAAGAGUUAGAAAUAAGUUGAAUGGAAUGAAUGACCAAGGUGGUAUUUGUUUGGGUUUUAAAUUCAAAGACAGUUACUUUGAAAGUGUUAUACUGUGUAAAUUUUGUAGUCAAGAACUGACGCCAGAGAUGAUUAAUGAUCACGCUAGCCAUUGUUUGAUCCAAAACCGUAAUUUAGUGUGUGAUGAGUGCGGUCAACAGUUUGACGAAACCGCGGAGUUGAAAAGUCACAAAGCAACUCACUCAUCCCAGCCACUGACAUGCAUUCACUGCAAUACUACUUUUUCAAACAUAAACACAUACAACACACAUAUGAAAAGACACACACUUGGCAGUCGGUUUAACUGUGAAACGUGUGGAAAAAAAUUCUUUUCAAAUUCCGAAUUGGUACGGCAUGUUCAAAAACAUUUGAACAACAAAAAAUUUGCGUGCAAUAAUUGUGAUGCAUCAUUUGUGACACGUCCAGAGUUAACUCGGCACCUCAAGUACCACACAGGAUUUAAGAAGUUCAAAUGUCAUAUCUGUGGUAAAGCUUAUUACGAAUCGGGUCAUUUAAAAGUACACAUGCGAUACCAUUCUGGAGAGAAGCCUUUCAUUUGUCAGACUUGCGGGAAAACAUUUAUUACAAAAUCAAAAUUAUUAAGACAUGAAAAAAUUCACGUAUCAAAAACAUAA